AUGUCUGAAACUCUCACCACUUCAUUUGAAUGUGAAAUAAACUGCACUGCUUCCCACCACAUUUCCAAACUCGUUGUCAACAAACAUGGCAAAAAAACAUCAAGCACUCGCACCGAGAAGAAGAGCAAACGAUUCGACUUUACUUUUGAUUCCGAAGAUGACAGAAACCAUACGAAAUUCUUGGAGGAACUUCUAGCAAGCCAAUUUUCUGAACGGGUCACAAUCUCUCGCAAAACUUUCUUCCCUUUCAAAGCUGUUGUGCCGCCUGAUACACAGAAGGAUGCAGUUGAUAUUGAUACUGAGAAGGAUUUCAAGAAAAUGCUCACAAGAAUCUUGGAACGCAAACCAACAAAGUUAAUCUCAGUCACUUUUGAUACAGCCAAAGUCGAGAAACUGAUGAAGAAAGCAAAGAAGCAGCUUGGAGAUACUCAGGGUGACGAGGGUGCAGUUGCGGUGGGAUCUGAUUCAGACGAUUCAGAUUUGGUUGAGAAUAAUUUACUUUCCGCCGAGGAACGUCGAUUUGCCGAAGUUCGUCAAGAGUUGAUCAAGCAAUGGGGCAAUGACAACGACAACUCUCUUUUGUACAUCUGCAAGAUAACUGGAGAAAAAGUGCCAAUAACCCCUUUCAGAGCCAAUGAAUGGAUAAGGGCAAUUGUUGAUAAGAAAACAACUGUAUUUGAACCACCAAGUACUGCGUCGUUUGAUCCUGCUACCCGCAUGCCUUCCCUUCCUCGUGGCCGCUCAAAUUCACAUGAUCUUUUUUCUGGUGUCAACACUCUCCUCGCAAACAUUGCCAAUCUUACCAACCCCAACCGUCCAAGUCCUACUACGCCUUCUGCUACUGCUCCUACUCUCCCGUCUGAGCCAACUUCACCCCCCAUCAACUCACCUUCCAAAUUACCACGGUUCCUUGACUAUGUUCGGGAAAAGCAUGGCGUUGACUGUCCUGCCGAUGUGGAAGCACUCAUGAAGUCAAAGAAGUACGGCCCUGACGUUUUGAAGGAUAUAGCUGACGACAAACUUGUGGCACUUGGACUGGCUGAAGGAGAUGUCAUCCGCAUGAAGCGAUUCGCUCCGGAGUGGUGGAACAGCCCCAAUGCCAAAUGA